CAUUUGACACAUUGGUUGUUCCCGCCUCUAGAAGAAGACAUCACUGCCUUUAUUGUUUUGGUCACACGUUACUUAAUUUUCACAAGAUCUUGUUUAAACAGCAUGUGAGAAUUUCUUUUUUCACCGCGUUUUUUUUAAUACAGCACGACCUUUUAAAGUCAAAUGUUCUCGAUGUUUCGGAACAUCGUUUCACCUUUUGCUAGCUUGUGACGCAACAUAAUUUUGCUAAUCAUCGCCUCUUGAUUUGUACAGUACAAUACUCUGCGUCGCAAUGGAUAAAUGCGUUUAAAUUCUUGGGAAUAUUGUCGGUAAAACUUGUAUUGCAUUUACUCGAGCACAAUGGCGACCCAGAGAGCGCUUCCUCAGAGCAAAGAAAGUCUGCUACAAAACUACAACAAGAGGCUGAAAGAUGACAUCAGGUCCAUCCUGGACAACUUCACCGAGAUCAUCAAAACUGCCAAGAUAGAAGACGAGACGCAGGUUUCCCGAGCAACUCAAGCAGAGCAAGACCAUUAUGAGAUGCACGUACGAGCAGCUAAUAUUGUUCGCGCGGGCGAGUCAUUGAUGAAGCUGGUAUCGGAUCUGAAGCAGUUCCUCAUCCUGAACGACUUCCCCUCUGUCAACGACGCCAUCAGUCUGCAGAACCAGCAGCUGCGGUCGCUGCAGGAAGAGUGCGACAAGAAGCUGACCUCCUUGCGUGACGAGAUCGCCAUCGACCUGUACGAACUCGAGGAAGAAUAUUACUCCUCCAGCUACAAUCGGUGGGACAGUGUCGACCUGCCCUUGUGUGAGGCGUACCGGCGGCGGGAUAGUUGGGCCUCUGUGGGCAGCAGCCGCAGCUCCAGCCAAGGGGAGCAAGAGGAGUCGGAGGGACCCCUGCAGCAAGAUGUCAACUCACAGCACCACCACAACGGACACGCAGGCGCCACUUCCAUCGAGAAACCAUGAACAUGGGGUACUUUGAAUCAUCAAAUUGUUUACAUGCGGAAGGAACCUUGCUUCUAUAGGCUUCAUAAAAUUGUUGCCAUGAAAUACAUUCCACUGAGUUUAAUCUGAAUGUGUUCACACAACAAAGAUAUUUUCCAGUUAGGGCACUUCAUUUCUUUACUAUAGGAUAGUAAAUAGCUAAAUUCAAAUAGUUGGACAUGAAAGUGAGAAUCUAACCAUCUUAGGUUUUUCCAUUCCCGACGUCAUCUAACAAAAGAAUAAACCUGCAAAUUUCCUUUGUUUACUUGCUAUACCGGGCUUGUUUCAUUUCUCGUUAUAUUCAUUUGUAACAUGUUCUACUAUUCAGCAUGAUGCUAAUAAAAAAACAAACAACGGCAGUGCGAUUAAGUUGUUUUUAAUUCAAAGAAAUGCCCGUAAUGACAUUUAAAAUAUGUACAUUAUUUACAAAGCUCAUCGUCAAGGUUCGCAGCUUCAGGAGGUCAGAAGAGUCAACCUCAAAAGAUGUUUCCUCAACUACCUUAUGGUAAUCACCAAGAGCUAUUUUUCGUCAGAAAUAACUUGCAUACAAAAGGGGGAGUGAAAUCAAUCUUGUCACCCGUUACGUAACAAUACUUCGAGGAACUUUGCGUAUUCAUAUGUGACUAUUCAGUCUGUUGACAUUUGCUUUUCUUUCCCUUUCCCAUCUGUUUAAUAUACCGAUAGACAGUACACACCUUUCGUUAAUUCAUGGUGCAGUAUCGAUAUUUUGAGUCUGCCUCAAUUUGUAAACACCCAUUCAUUUGAAUAAUUCCAUGUCUUUCGACGUCAACCUUGUCUUUUCCUCAUAAUACACUGGCAGCCUUUUUAUUUGUCCAUUUGGUGGAUAGGAGGCUUCAUUUUCAGCAGAUGGCGGGCGUCAAAAUAUUAAUAUCGUCGAUUCAUCUUCUUGAACUUCUCAUAAUGGUAGUCAUCAGUGGCCUUUUCGUUAUUUGGUCGUUUGCGGAAGUUAGGUGGCUCUGACGCUGUGGAGUGAUAAGGUUUAAUGAGAAAUAUGUUGCAAAUAGCUGAAAGCGCGGUGGGGGCGGGACACUUACUCUCUGUCCCAGGUUUCUCAGUGUCCCCCACACGCAGCGGUCUUGGUUUGGGUUCCUCUCUCUCUCGUCUGUGGUGGUGCCUCUGAGCUGCAUUGGAAUCCUCAUGAUAGACUGCAGAACGGAGAAAUUGGGAGGAUAAGGACACAUUUAACCAUUAAAAUGUAGUUAAAUGAUGUUUAUUCCUACAGCGGUUGUGCUGGACAUAGUUGACAGCAAUGUUGGUAGGCACAAAUGAUGUUCCGUUGUCUUUUUUCUUGUUCCGUUGUUCCGCAAGCAGUUUAGCUUUGGCUUCCUCUGUCUGGAUGAUGUUCUUUAUCUUUGCACUGAACAGAAAUGAAAUGUUAGUUGUUGUUUUUUCUUCAAAUGUUUUAGUUCAUAAUUUUCAGAAGCUACAUACUCAAUACCAAGGUCGACUUCAGGGAUUCCACUCAGCAUCUGAUUGGACAACAUUUCCUCUGUCUUCUUGGCAGAGUUGACGCGGAUGUUCUCAGGCAGCUCGUACAGGUGGUCCUCCGCAUUUUUCACCUUGACUUUUUGUUCCUCUGCUUCUACAAGGCCCUUCUUUCGUCUCAGUUCUGUUUCAAUGUAUUUCAUCCUGACGGGACAUAUUCAUCAAGGUACAUGUCAUUCUUUUUUGUUGUUUCAAAAUAAUAACCGCUGGUUUGGAUUAACUGAAUAUGUAACUCUACUCAGCAAUUGCUUCAAGACCGUGAGAGUAUCAGAAAUGACUAAUACAUACAUGUCAGCAUCUUCGUCUCGUCUGUUUGUCUCAGCUGAAAAGGAGGUACCCAAGUUAAGGUCUGUAUCGUCCUCUGUCCUAUAAAGACAAAGUUGAUACAUUAAAGACAACGCCAAAGUGUUGAAUAUGAAAGACAACACGAUUACCCAAUAUUUGGGGUUAUUUACAUGUCUCGAUUGCGAUCCUUGACUUUCUUCAUGUCCACAACCCCUCCAGUUUUGAGCUUGAACGGGUCAUUCUGUAAAAUCAGCAGAUAUUAUUCACAGGACGGCACAGCAAAAAUACAACCGUACAAAGCAAAAUGUGCAUGGUUCAGUAUUGAAAUACAGUAAUUGUGAACUUUAGGAGAGUACAGUACUCACAUCAAUCUCAGCCUCAGGUGGCAAUUUUUCUCCAACUAGUAAGGCAGUUACGCUGAGAAAACAAUCAUAGUUGUUGUCUUCUUUGUUCACUAUAUUUAACAUUUAUUAGUAUUUUUUGUUGCAUUAGUUGUGAUUAAAAUACGCUAGGUAGAUUUUACCUGACUCCCUUCUGUCGUCGCCGCAAACUCUGUAGCUCUUUGGCCUCUUCUACUUUACAUCUAAACGUAAGGAGACCCACAGGAACAUUUAAAUGCACGUUUGAUUGGGUCAAACAAAUAAAUUCACUUUGUGUAGAUGACUGGUUCGCAGUUAGCUCUGUCCGCUAGCAAGAGGUUAGCUCUGCGCCCCUCUUGUAAUACUUAAUCUGUUACCUGACUUCCUGAGUUGUUUCAUCCUCUUCCACGUCUGAAGAAUUUCUUCUCCUUCUAAAGUUUUUGCCAGAAGACAUUUUAACAUGCGACUUUAAAAUUGUCCUCACUUCAGACUCGCAGCGUGACGA